GAGCCCUGCACGCCACCGCCGGGCUGGAAGCCGACGCCGAAGGAGCCGUCGACUCCGCCGCCAGGCUGGCGCAAGCCAGCCCCAACCGAGGCCGUGUCUGUAGCUCCCAACUUCCUCUUCGGCGCUCGGGGGGCUUUGAAGUCGCUGCCAUACGAGGUGCGAAGCGUGCCCGUCAACGACAUCGAGUUCACGCAGGACUCCUGUGCGGACGUCUUCGGCGACGGCAGGCGCUGCGAGGAUACUUUCCGUCAGCUGCUUCGAGGAGACAUUCGGCCAGACGUUCUCCAGCUCGAUAUUGUCGAGAGCCUCAGCUCAGGGCAGUUGGCAUCCUUCAACAACCGCCGCCUCCGCGUCCUGAAGCAGCUCCAGGAUCACCACCCCGGCAAGACGCUUUACGCGACAUGCCGGGUACGCACGAUGCAGCCCGACUUCGAGAGCGUGAUGGAACAACUGUAUGACUUGCGGUACAAAGUUGACAAAGACGUCUUCGACCAGCAGAAGGAGCUCUUCCAAAAGUGUUUGUUUCAUAGAGACACUGAAUACCGGGGCGACAUCCGGGUUCGAACUAGUAAGCGAAGGCCCCAGUGGUGGUCGUGA